UUGAGAAGAGAGAAUCUGAUUUGGGAAGCGAGAGAGAGGAAAAAGACGAUCAGAUUUGGGGAGAGAGAGAGUAAAAAGACGAUCGAAAUCGUGCCAAGUUGUAAUAACUUGGUUGUCUUGAUACAAGUAGGAGUUAUGAGUUCUUCACAUGACAACAACUUUCCAAGACCCCCUGAUCAUCCAAUGGUGCCCUUUCAUGCCCCGAAUAAGGAAAGAAGAAUUUGGACGAUUGAUGAAGAAGCUGCCCUAAUUGCAAUUAUGAAAAAAUUAGUUGCAAAAGGUUAUCGCCAGGAGAAUGCAUUCCGACCAGGUUAUCGUGAAAUGAUUGAGAAAGAGUUGAAAGUUUGCUUUCCUGGAACUGAUUUGAAUUUUACUAAUGCGUCGUCUAAGUUGACGGUAUGGAAAAGACAAUACACACUCGUGGUGAACAUGAUCAGCACUAGUGGAUUUGGUUGGAACGACUCUAGCAACAUGAUUACAGUUGAGGAUGACGUAUGGAAGCAAUAUGUCAAGACACAUCCAAAAGCUAAAACAUCGCGAUUCAAGUCAUACCAGUAUUUCCAAGACUGGAUUGAGAUUUUUGGAAAGGAUCGCGCAUCUGGAAUAAGUACACAAGGCACAGUAGACCUUGAAAAAGUGGCAAGGCAAAAACAGGCCUCGAAUGAUUUUGCUAAAGUGGCAGGCCAACAGCCAUAUCUACCUGACUCUGAUAUAAAUGAGUUCCCUACCGGCCUCAAUGUACACACUCAAGAUGAUUCUUUCUCCAAUACUAAUGAAAACGUCAACCAUGAGUUCUCCAACAACUAUGUACCUCUGGAGGAGGAGGCCUCAGAUACUCCUUUUCCUAGUGAAAGCAACUCAGUCAAUUCAACCAAAAGGGAUGGUGAUAAGAAAACUCAAUCCAAAAGAAAGCGCAAGCAGCAUGAAUCUGCAACCUCCAAGGACUCAGUUAUUGUUGAUCUCAUGGAUAAGUUCUUCAAACAACAAAAUGAAUCCAUUGGAAUCUUCGUCGACAAACUUGAUAAACGCAGUGAACAAUCGACGAGCAGCAAAUCUGAAGUUGUUGACAAGACAAAGCUUAUUCUUGAAGCUUUGAGAAAAAUUGCUACACUUCCUGAGGAGACUCGACUGAACUUUGCAUACAAAAUUACAACUGAUGCACGAGUGACAGAUUUAUUCAUCAAUCUCUCUGAAGGCGAACGUGUUACAUUCGUGAAUAUGAUGAUGGCGAAGAAGGUAUUUAUGGGAGAGGAUUUUGAUCUGAAAUUGGUAGGAAUAUUUGAGUUUUCACAACAGUUUUGGAGUUAAUAUGUGUCUGUUUUAGGAAUGUUGAUAAUUGCUUUAGUUUGUGUUUUAUUUAUGAGUGGGAUACAUUGAUGCGAGACAAAAUUUAUUUAGGUGGAAUGUAUGUUAUUUAGGCUAAUAUUUGGGUAUUAAUUCGGUUGAAUGUAUGUAUUCUUCAUGCUAAUUUGGGUAAUAAUGUGUUUGAAUUUGUAAGAGAGAGUUUACAGGAAGAGAGGGGGAGGAAUGGACUGGAAAAAAAAAA